UUAGGGUUAUUUAUCAGAAGUUGGCGCUUCACUUAUUGAUCAGAAAUUAAAAUUGAAUAUUGUACCUCAAACAAAUGUUGUUGCAUUAGCUGCUCCAACAUUUAAUUAUGGACGUAUUGAUCGUGCUAAAGCACGUACCAAACAACGGAUACGGACACGUUAUCCGGAAAUUGGCAAACGUUUUCAUCGAAUUGGUUUACCACCAAAGAUCGGAAGUUUUCAAUUGUUUGUUUAUGGUUAUCAAGAUGCUAGUUAUUGGUUACGACAAUGGGAAGUGCAUCGAGAAAUGUCACCAUCUUCAGCUGCGAUGAAACGAUUUCAACAUUUGUUUGAACGAAUGGUUGUAUUAGAUUAUAUUAUACGAAAUACAGAUCGUGGUAAUGAUAACUGGUUAAUUAAAUAUGAACCAACAGCUAUUCCACAAGAUUCUACUCCAGCAAAAGAUGCGGUUGUUUUGGAUGAUGAAGUAGCUGCUAAUGAAAGUGCUGAAGAAGUUGUGCAUAGUGAUAUCGAUCAUGAAAAUGGAAAUGGAAAAGAUGGUACAGAACAAAUUGUUAUGGAUAUAUUAGACUGUGAUGAUAUGGAAAAUUGGGAUCAAAUGGAUAAGCCGAAAAUAGAAGUAGCCGCAAUUGAUAAUGGAUUAGCUUUUCCGAUUAAACAUCCCGAUGAAUGGCGUACAUAUCCAUAUCGUUGGACUUGGUUACCGAUGGCAAAAAAUCCGUUCAGUGAGGAAAUUGUUGAAUUGGUACUUCCUCAGUUAGAUAAUACAGAUUUCAUGCGUGAACUUUGCAAUGAUUUGAAGAAAUUAUUUCAGAAAGAUCCAGGUUUUGAUAAGAAAAUGUUCGAAUUGCAGCUUAGUGUUUUAAGAGGACAAAUUUUUAAUCUUCGUGAAGCUUUACGUCUUCGAAAAUCACCACAACAACUGGUUCAGAUGCAACCACAACUGAUCGUAGAAGUGAAGCCAAAAAAAAAGCGGCAAUUACGUACGUCAUCCCGUGAUAGACGAUCAAUGAGUACUACUACUGAUGGAGGUGAGGAAAGUCUUACUGAUCAUCCAUCAUCAUCCAAUAUAUCAUUAUCACAAACUCAAUGUCGAAAUAUUGAACCAAAAACAUGGCCUGAAGCAUAUCAACAAAAGGUUCAAACACGAUCAGCUUUUUUCACCUGGUGGUAAAUUGUGAAUAAUUGGAUAUAUUGUACUGAUUUAUGAAUAAAAUUGGACAUUUACUGUGUUUCAUCAAUUCUCAUAAUGAUUGAAAAAUUGC